GAGGGAGGGAGGACAAUUUCCUUUCUGCAACACACACGCUAUAAGAUCACACCGGGAAAACGGAGAGAGGAAAGAAAAUAAUAGGCGAGAGAGAGAGAGAGAGAGAGAGAAGGAAACACCGCAGCCCCUCCGUCCGUCCGUUUGUUGUAUUUUUUUAAGGGCUGAAAUCGUCUUUUUCGUUUAACGCAGACUUGCGGACUAACAUGGGGGGAAGAGAAAGCUCCUGACGAGGAUUGACUUUCAGUGAACCUCUGCUCUGUGCUGCAAGUCUGUGGCUAAUAGACAGGAGAGGAAAAGGCGACGGGGAAGACAUGUUGGAGGGGUUUUUUUCGUCUUGAGGUUGCGGUAGGAUGUUGAUGUUGUGCUCCUAAAACACAGACGGCUCCCGUAGAGAGGACAGAAAAAAGAAAAAAAAGGCUCUGGGCAAAUGGAAAUUGGGCGGUAGGCUAUGCUCAAGAGCCAUUGUUUUGAUCGGUGUUUAUUUAAUUGGUUUGUUAUGAUAUGAAAUAACGUAGGCCUCUUAGGCAGCCCCGCAGUAAAUAAAUACGCGGUCAGCAAACAGAGGGGCUACAUAGCUGGAAAUUAAUCUGACAAACUGCGAAUAUUUUAAUGGACGAUUUGAGCCGCUGUGUUUUGUCGCGUUUAGAUCCAAUUCCUUAACCAGGGAGCCAAAACAUUUCCAGAUACAUCAACUCUGAAGGAAGGGUUGCCUUUAAGGCCCAGUAGAAAACACAUUAAAGGCUACUUGGCAGCGUUGAAAGAUUGUUUUAACUGCUUCAGACUGGCUUUAAGCACAAAGGUGCACACGAUUAGGUAGCCUACAACGUUAGUCUGUUUCCACCCCAGUUUAGCUUGGACAGGGGACAAAAGAAGAUUUUUAAAUGUUAAUGUCGACCGACGUUGCAUCCAUCAUGCUGCCUGUGUCCCGGGGUCUCAUGGACCGGGAGAGAGAGCUGGACACCAUGGCCGGGGUGCAUCCCAACGCGGGCGGCGCUCCUGCAGUUGUCCGGGGCAUGAAGCGUGGAGACCCGGAGCCCGACGGACAGACAGCGGCGGCUCUGGUGGACUCGUCCGGGGCUGAGUGUAAGCGUCCCCGGAUCGACGGCUCAGGAGGGCUCGGCGAGGUUGGUCAGAACAACGACCCUUUGACCCUUUACCAUGGCUACCCGUCUCAUAGUCAGGGCUCUCAGGAUAGUGCUGGCGGUCAGGAGGGUCUCGUACCACCACCUUUCUCCGCGUUCCCUCCACCUCCGCCGCCGCCCCCCCAGAACGGCCUGGCCCUGGAUUACGGGGGCAGCUUGUACGCAGCCGGGGCCGUCCAGGGCCCCGUGGAAGCUGGCGGAGCAGCGAACAGCGCCGCCAACGCUGCCAACACCCUCAGUGCUCAACAGUCAGAUGGGUCCUCCCAGAUUGAUGGUCAGUCAGGGGUUGGCUCAGGAGGAGGAGGUGGUGGAGGGACUGCUGGGGUCGACUCAGAGGAUAAGGGGACCCCCAAACGCCUCCACGUGUCCAACAUCCCCUUCCGCUUCCGAGACCCCGACUUACGGCAGAUGUUUGGGCAAUUUGGCAAAAUCCUCGAUGUCGAGAUCAUUUUCAAUGAGAGGGGAUCCAAGGGCUUUGGUUUUGUAACGUUUGAGUCGAGCGCAGAUGCAGAGAGAGCGAGGGAGAAGCUUCACGGUACGCUGGUGGAAGGACGUAAAAUCGAGGUCAAUAACGCCACAGCCAGAGUGAUGACAAACAAGAAGAUGACCACCCCAUACGCCAAUGGAGAGGGUCUCGCCACUCUGCCAUAUGCUGGAUGGAAGUUGAGUCCUAUGGUUGGAGCCAUGUACAGUCCUGAACUCUACACAGUACCAGGGUUUCCGUACCCAGCAGCAGCAGCAGCUGCUGCCUCCACUGCUGCGACCUUUCGAGGCGCCCAUCUUCGGGGUCGUGCCCGACCUGUCUACAGCGCAGUCAGGGCAGCUGUGCCACAGCCUGCCAUCCCGACCUACCCGGGUGUGAUGGCCUAUCAGGAUGGCUUUUACGGUGCAGCUGAUCUCUAUGGUGGCUAUGCAGCAUAUCGUUAUGCCCAGCCGGCUGCAGUAGCGACUCCUGCAGCAGCGGCAGCCGCAGCGGCAGCUUACAGUGACAGCUAUGGACGAGUUUACACAGCAGACCCCUAUCAUGCUGCACUCGCCCCUGCUGCUUAUGGUGUUGGAGCCAUGGCCACACUGUACAGGGGAGGCUACAGUAGAUUUGCUCCUUACUAAAGACACUACAUUUCCCAGGAGCUCCUCUCUUCCGUUGAAUUACUCUGAAAGAGCUCCCUCUGUUGUCGUGGAGGUGGACUGCACCCAGUUUUAAAGUGUGGAUUUGACCACAGCAAAGAUAUUUCAAAUCCCUCCCCCGAGCAGUCCCACGUUUUCUUAUAUACGCUACUACAGAAAUAGAGGAAUGCUGUAUUAAAGACUUAUGGAUGGCCCAUACAUUAAAAAAUAAGAAAAAUAAUCUGACUUAAAAUGGCCACCUUUCCUAUUGCACGGCUGUAUUAUAGUCCCCCCUUCUUAUUCCCUCAGCACUCAGCAGCACAAGAUUCGGGAUGGAGCCCAGAUGUUCUUCCAAAGGCUGUAUGUGGAUAACUGACAUUUAAACGGCUGUCAACCAUGUAUGAGAAAGUGCUGAGUGCUGUGUGGCCUGCACACACACUCCUAUUUUAAGGAAAAAGAGAGGGAAUCGAGCAAUCACGGUGUCCACAAUACGUUGGAUCGGUAGGAAUCAGGAAGGUGCAUCAAAAGGGCACCUAAAAACAUUAAAAAAAAUUACAUCCUCUGAUGGAUUUUUAUAAGUCCUCCUUAUCGUGGGCAUAUGGUAAUGAGGGAGGAUUUCCAUUCUUGCUGUGCUCUGGUAGAGGGAGACUGAGCAUGGUGGCUUGGUAAGACGAUGGGACAGUUUAUAACGCUACAGAAAUCACGUCCGAAAGCUGAAGGAGGGAGGGUUAUUAGAGCUGUUCCUUACCUCAAGUUUUCUUAGUAUGUGGAAAUGGUGAACCUUUAAACUUAAAAUUGUUAUGAUAUGCAAAGAAAUUAGUUUAGAGAAAAAAAGUUACCAAAUUAUUAUUAAUAUUGUAAUUAUUAUCAUUACUAUUCUCAUCAUUAUUAUUGAACCAUUCUUUCAUUUGACUCAGCAGCCACUGCUGUAAUGGGACAUGUAGAUCCAACAGUGAACCUUGGGGUUAAAAAAAAAACAAACAGAAAAUGUGCAUCAAUAUUACAAAUAUUCCACCUUUUGACUAUGUGACACAUUGUCCUUCUCAUUCAUAGGAUUUCACCACCACCACCACUACAAAAAAAUUUAACACUACACUUACAUGUUUUCAUCUCAAAUUGAUUUUAGCUUUAGACCCAAACUAAAUCAUCCACCCACAACCCUGGGGUUCAAGUACUUGUUGAUACUUUAAUGUAGAGAUUUAUUAUUUGGAUUUUUCCCUCAUGCUCCAUCUUUUAUAGAGCAAAGUCCAACAUUGAAUGAGUCUUCCUGAAACAAACUACAGUUGGUUUAGUUGUGUUUGAGAUGCUGCCAGCGGCAAUUACUGAGCAAGAGAAAGAUUCUGUGUUGAGUUAAUAGAAAAUAUUUAAAUGCAAAACACCUUAUUAUUGUGCAUAUUUCUAUACCAUUGUAUUCUAUAUUUCCAAAACGUGGCUUUUUUGACUUUUGUUUUCGUUCCAAAGAUUUGUAGAAAGUACAUUUUUCUGCCGUAUGUAUAAAUAUAUUAUCUUUGUUAGCUUAUUGUUAUUAUCAUAAUCCUUGAUAAUCCUGUUGCUGUCUUUAUUCUUUUUCAUCUUCUGUCUGUUGUUUUUUUUUUCUUUUUUAAGAUCUUGAGCCGGACGCAUACCUGAGUAGUAAAGGUAUGCAUGUAACACUACCAAACCCAAACUUUUGUCCUUUUAUUUUAUUUUAUUUAGUUUUCUUUUAUUUUUGGAGUUGGUCAUAGGAUCCACUAACAUGACAUUGAAUUCAAGCUAUACAGGACUAUUUUUUUUUUCCAUUUUUUUUGUGUCCAUAUUUUGCAGGUAACCAAGACAUUUGAAAUGAAUGAACAUAGUGUCUAUCAUUUUGGGUUAUAACCAACUGUGUUCCUUCUUUUUAAAUUUUUCCGUUUUUAUUUAUUUAUUUUUUUAAAAAAGCAGACUCCUUACAUUUCAGUGGUUAAAUCUGUCAGCUUGGCCAUUGGGGCCACUCUCGGUUUGUUUGAAGAUGUCCAGUAAAAGUGUUAUCUCUCAUAGAUAUGCAGGUUAAUAUUCCAACAUGGUGAAAAAACAAAACGUCAUUGUGGGAUAUGAUCUAAACUGUGUCUUAAAUGGUGCAGUUAUGUUUUGUUUUCAAUUGUUUUCAAAUUUCAAACCACCAUUGUGUUUUUCAGUUCUCACAUUCACACGAGAAACACGCAGGUCAAGAUAUGUUUUUUCUAUUAAAUCUGCUGCUGUUGGAUCUUCUCAUGACAUUUCUUUUUAAAUAUGUCCAAGUUACCUACUAGCCUGCUAAAGAAUGUGCUCUGGACAAAAUGGGGGGAAAAAGAAACCUAGCCAAAGAUGCUAAACUAAUGGUCCCCAUGCAGCACAUUCUGGCUCCCAACUUGAGAUGUGCUACAUGAAAUAGACAAAGAUGGACUUAACAAAGCCACUGAAGGCAUGGACAAACCAGCAUGAGCGAUACUUGUCAAAUUAAAAAAAAAAAAUAGUUUUGCAUGAAUCUUGUGUCUUUCAUAUUUGACUCCUGAGCAGCCGGGUCCAGUUGCAUUCUUCUUUACCACUAAACUCUAUGUACAACGACAGGCAGCUAGCAGUUGGAAGCUAGCUAACACAACAAAGAGCACAGUGCUGUUUGGCAAAAAGGCCUGCUGACAGACAAAAUGGCUGCCAUGCUUAAUAACACGUGGUAGCUUCAUUUUCCUGUCUUGGUUUUCUUGCGACUGUAUUAUAUUAAACUAUGUGGCCGUUAUUUAUAGUUGCUAUGGUUUCUCAAUGAACGGUCCUUUCCGUCUGUCAUGUCUGUAUCCCUCUUGACUGCCAUUAUGUUUUGUUUUUUUUUUUUUUGUUAUUGAAUGCCCAUAUAAAUUGUUUUAUAUAAAAAUGUUUUGUUGUGA